CUCAGGGAGGAGGAGGGCGGAGGAACAAAGAGAGAGAGAGAAAAGGAGAGAGAGAGAGCGAGAGAGAUACAACAAAAAGGAAAAUAUUUCAGCACCGGAGCUGUCCGUGGGCUCUUGGAGAAGUCUCUAUUCCUGCCGAGGGGGACUAGAAGCUGCACUCCGACUGUAAACGUCCUCUGCGGGACCGUGAGGAGGAAGGAGGGAUAAUAUACAACUGCCAUUCAUCUCUGCUGCUGCUGGUGUGGGAGGGGGGUCUUCUUCCGACGGGACCAGCAACGACGGCGCGUACUUCAAUCGAGCGGAGUCUUGCCAUGCUGGACGGCCGGACUUGAGACAGUGAAAGGGCAACAAAAAAAAAAAGUCUCCACAGAAGUCGAGGUGAACGGCAGCUCUUUUGUUUUGCGCCAUGGGAGUGCUCAUGUCAAAGAAGCAGCAGGUGGAGAAGGUGCAGAAAUGCAACGCCGUCGUCAACGCCUUCCAGGCGGGCAUUAGGGAGCGUCCAGCUCCAGCCAAACAAGCAGACGGAGAAGCCGAGGAGGGCGAUGGCCCUGCCGAAUCCUCAGCCACUCCUGACGAGAAGAACGCAGGGGAAGCGGAGAAGGAGGAAACGGACAAUAACGCAGGCCCGUCGACUUCGGCGCCAGCGAGGGACGAGUGUAAGGUCAACCAGGAGUCUUGGUCGAGGUUGCGUGAUGGGAAAGGGGUGGAGCCUGAAGAUCUUGAUAAGAGCCAUCAGCUCACGCCGCCCGCUUUCGUGCGGCCCAAAAGGGAAGCCGAUGACGACCAGCCUGUAGAGGUGGAGCUGAAAAAGAAAGAGCAGCCGCCGAACGAUGAGAUGUGCGACGUGUGUGAGGUGUGGACUGCCGACGACCUGUACCCCUGCAGGAUCUGCACUCGGAUGUUCCACGAUGGAUGCCUGAGGGAACUGGGCUACCUGCGAGCCGAGGCCCUGCAGGAGAUGAGAGACACGGCCCACACUGUUACUGGCUGGAGCUGCUACUAUUGUGAUAAUCUAAAUCUACUGCUGACAGAGGAAGAGAUGUACAGCCUCAUGGAGACCUUCAAGCAGUGCAAGAUCAUCCCUGAGUCGUGCCUGGUGUCAGACGAGCUGCUGCAGUACCGCCACUAUGCAUCCAAGCAGCUGUUCGAUAAGGACCUGACUGAUGAGCAGGAGGAGGAAGUCCUCGCCCAGUUCGCAGCGCUGGAUCCAGAGAAGAAGGGUCAUGUCGAAUGGUUCGACUUCCUUUACUUCGAGUCUCUGACAGUGUUGCGGAAGUUUCGCUCAGAGAACUCAAUGGUGCGCCUGUUGACUGCCAAGGAGAGAAACAACGCCCGGUCAGUGUUCCUGGGUCUGGACCUGGAUGAAGACGGCGUGAUCACAAGAGCAGAAUGCCGCCAGGCCCAGCAGUCCUGGUUCCACAAGCUCAACAAAGAUUCGCAGUCUUGCAAUGUGAGCAUCAGUCAUGUUGGCCCCAUGUGCGAGAGCAGUCCAGCCAGCUCUGGCAGUGAAAGGAGCAAGACUGAUGACAGCAGGCCAGUGACCUGGGCAGACUUUUUAAAGGAGAGUGCCAUCUACCUAUUGGCUGCGCGGCCCAAUAGUUCUGCCAUGCACAUCCGUGUGCCUCUAUAGUCCAGGAUCCUCCACUGCACCCCAGCAGAGAGAGAGAGGGGGAGAGAGAGAGAGAGAUGGAAGGUGUACCCUAUAGUCUACAGACGAGUGGAGGAAGAUAGACGCGCUGAUAAGCGAAGAGCAACUGAGCAAACUGGAUGAAGCACUGAGAGACAGUGGAUCAAGGCAUCGACGGAACCUCUCCCUCCUCUGCGUCACCCCCCAACCCAACUACACCCGACAACACGCCCCGCUGAUUGACACACCGGCGACGCAAGCGACAGAAGCCAUCACAGGUCCACGACACCAACAAAAUACUUCAGACAAAAUGUGAGGGAUAAAUGGGACGGGGAAGAGAACAACCCGUCGGUCAAUUUGGAAAAUGUUGAGUGUAGCGAUCGCGCGUACAAAUCCAAGCUCCCAGGAUGCUCGCACUAUACGAAUACCACACACUGUUUGGCCCUCCAGCUGCAUAACACCCCUCUUUCCAUGCGGGAACGUCAGCGUGACAGGCUGUUACUGUUUCAAUUAUUCAUUCCCUCGGGCCUCAUCGUGCCCUAAUAAUAGUUCCUUGCUGCUGUAAUGGGAUUGUGUUAUUCACCAUCAAAAUUGUUAAUCACACUACACAAGAGGCACAUGCAAAUUCAUUAUUGGUAGUGUUUGACAAGACUUCUGGGGUGGAGAUUAACCCCGCAGCUGCCAUUCUCUGAACGUAUACCAAAAUGGGAAUGAAAAGCUGUCCGCAUAGCUGAUAUUAUAUGAAGAACUGCUAAUCACGCUGGUAUAAAUUAUUAUUAUGCAUCAAAAUAAAGCUGUAUUUAUUCCUGUAUCCUCCGAUGUAUCCUCUGUUUAUCCCCAGCCUCAUCCAAGAGUCUAUGUUCUUCCGAAGUACUAACCGUGAAAAAAAAGGGGACGUGAACGUUAACGAAAGCUAACCCGGGUAAAAGACGUGCAUAUACUGCCAUAUAGUAGAUUUGGUUCCCAUUGCGCUCAGAGCUGCACUUUGACAAGGUGGGAACAUCCGCCCUCCUCUUGUAGUGUCCUUAUUUGCACUGUGGGAACGGGGAAGUGGAUGGGCUGCUGUGUGACAUAAUAACUGUCAGCAAAAUUGCUGAAAGACAAUGGGUGAUCUGGCGCAAGAGUUUGUCCUUUGUUAAUACAGGAAGCACUGUUAAAAAUAAGACAUGUUAAUGGAAAAAACGUGGUUGGGAUUCUAUAAUGUUACAGGUUAUACAAUAAUUUAAAAUGCACAUGAAAACUGCCUGUAGAAUCACUGGAAACGUGCUGUAACCAGUAGAACUUCAUGUAUUGUUUAUGCCAUGUAAUGACGGGUCUAUGUCCUAUUAUUAAAUAAAGUAUGGUUAUGACAUGAAUCUUGAUUGUCUGAGGGAUAUGUCACAGUGCUGAAAUAAAUGCAUGGCAUUUGACCUCC